AUGAGGGUUCGAACUAUCCCCUCGCCGCUCCCCGCCCACUGUUUACACUCUCAGCUUCCCGACGCCGCCGCCGCCGCCACAACGGCAUUUCAUGCCAUGUGUCCAUUUCACAAGAUGUGUGUUCACAGUAAGGAGGUUAAUUCGGAAGAAAAUUAUCAUGACACUAUUGUUAAUAGAAAUAAAAAAAAUAAUGUUAUUAAAAUAAAAUCAGAAGAUGAAGUUGAGAGACCUUGUGUUCCAGAAGAGGCAUAUUCAGAUUACCAGCACGGAGAGACACUGGCCGACGAAGACCCACCUGUAGAGAGCUUUUUAUCUUUCGUACAAAUAAAGGAGGAGCCACAGGAUAUCUCCACUUUAACUGGUAAUGGCGAGGUGCCCUCUUCUCAUGCAGACCUGUCUUGCAGUGACGAUAACAGCUUCUCUUCAUGUAUUUAUCCUCUUUAUGAUUCAGUGACUGAAGACCUAGCAAAAAUGAGACGAGCAAAAGCAGCUGCAGCACGGAGAGAGUGUCGUCGCCGACAAUUUGAGGCAAUGACUGAAGAAGAAAGAAAAGAACGGCAUAGACUAGAAGCUAUAGCCCAAAAAAAGUAUCGUCAACGAAAGCUAGAAAGUAUGACUGAAGAGGAGCGACUAGCAUAUCGUGCUACUAUAGCUGAAACACAGCGAACGCGUCGCCAUCAUCGUAUGGAUAACAUGACUGAAGAAGAGCUGAAGGCACAUCGUGCAGCUGCAGCUGCAGCUCAAAGACAAAAACGCCAACUACAAAGACAACAAAUGAGUGAAGAGGAGCUGCAAAUGCAUCGAGCUGUUGAAGCUGCUUUACGACGCAGCCGUAGGCAGGCAAAUACAAAAAGAGAAUUGAGUACACAUCGCAGAGCAGCAGCAGAUGUAGCAAGAAGAGAAAUUCAGCAGUGCCAAAUAGAAGAAGGGAUAGAUGAUGAACAAAUUGAACAAUAUGUAUUAGCAGCAAGUUCGGCACGACAAGAAUUGAGGCAGAUUAGGAGAGAGACUCCUUCGGAUUCUCAACAGCCUGCUGUCACAGGAGGAGACACUUCACCUGAAGAUUUGAUGGUGCAGCUAUUGAUGCAAGCACAACAUGCAGCAGCACUUCAAGGUGACGAAUGUGAAAAUCAGGUCAUAAAGCAAGAGAGAGAGGAUUAUCCACUGCAAAAUAGAAUAACAAACGAACAUGACCCAAAUGUUUACAUGGCAGGUCAGCCACAUGAUGGGAUGACAGACUAUUAAAACUAGAAUAUAAUUUUCUCAGGCGUGAUAGCCUCUUGGCCUAAUGUGAAUCGUGCGAGGAUGUGGUAGAACAAGUGAUUCUGGCAAGUGUUGGAUACUUAACCUUCUGUGAAUGGUUAGUCACAUGUAUAUAUGAAAGAAUGAGAACAAAUUUUUAGAUAAAUUAAUAAAUUAUGGUAAUAUUUUGGCUCAAGGCCAGGUAUGGGAACCUAAUGAUUACUGAUUUAUGUUGCUCCAACUGUGAAACAGUUGGAGCAACAUGGAGAGAUAGGCAAGGACUAACAGGGUUAGUUAUACAGUAAAUCCAUUAUGGUUAACGUUAGAAUGUUUAGUCCUAAUAACAAUUUACUUAGUUAAGACUUCCUGUGAAAUGUUCAAAGUGAUAAUACACACACAGUAUAUGUAGUUAUUUGUCAAAAUUAUUUCCAAUAUCAAGUAGUUUCACUGUCCAAGAUAACUGGAUUAGUGUGC